UUGCACUGCUGCUGGCGAUCGAAAACGGUACAGGUUUCCCAUGCUACCGAGCCCGAGGCUGCAGAGUCCGAGGCUACCGAGCCCACGACUGCAGAGCCCCAGGUUUGGGAACGCAAGAGCGCCGCUCACACCCACGCUCUUGGCUGCUCUCAUUCCCCGGGGAUGGAUGAGCCCUCGUAACCCCGACACUCCAAGCAAGCCCAACACUACGAGCCGGCCGAACACUACUACCCAGUUUGCCCCUCCAACCAAUCCCGUCGCUGCAACCAAUCUUGCCAUUCCAACCAAUCCCACUGCUCCCUCGAAUACCGCCCCUCCAAGCAAGCCCACCACUCCAAUCCCGUCCAGCAGUCUAGCCCAAUUGGCCCCUCCAACCAACCCCGCUGCUCCUAGUGAGACCCGCAAAACAGCUAGCACCAUGGCUGCUAGCGCCAUGGCUGCUGUCUUGGUGCAAGCAGAGGCUGACGCUUUCCUCCCUGCCAUUCCGAUCCACCUUCGCCGCACUCGGAGCACUGCUCAUGCCAGGCAUACCAGCAGCAGCAGCGGCGGCAGCAACAGUGGCAACAGCAACAGCACCACCACCAACAACCCUACCAGUGCCACAACCGCCGCCACCGCCACCACCGCCGCCACCGUAUGUGCUGCUACCAGCCCCACCGCCACCGGCGACCAGUCUCCUGCCCACCUUCGAUGCACCCGCAGCAGCACUCAUCUCAGCAGCACCCCAAAUGGCACAACCACUACCACUGCCACCGCCGCCGCCACUGUCAAUGCUGCUACCAGCCCCACCACUACAGCCGACCAAAUUCCUGCCCACCUUCGACGCACGCGAAGCAGCCCUCAUGUUAACAGCACUUGCAGAGCCAGCAGCAGCAACAGCAGCAGCAGCACCACCAAGAGCACCACCAUUGCCCAAAGCCGCUUCGUCAGCAGCAGCGCUUGCCGUGGACUGAGCCGCAAUAAGAGCAUCAACACCAGCAGCGCUACCAGCCCCACUGUCACUGCCGACCAAACUCCUGCCCGCCUUCGACGCACGUGCAGCAAUAUUCAUCUCAGCAGCACCCACAGCGGUUUGGGCAGCCGCAGCACCACCGCCACCAUCGACCACCCUCCAGCCCAGCUUCAACGCACCCACAAUGGCUUAGACAGCCACAAGAACGUCAGCAUUACUAGUCCUGCUGGCGCCGCUGCUCCUGCUGCAACAGUAUGCUUCUUGCUCUCGUUUGAGGAACGACGCUUCAUGCAGCAGCUGCUGGUGAAACAGCAACAGGUACAGCAACAGGCGCAACAGCAGGUGCAACAGCAGGUGCAACAGCAGGUGCAACAGCAGGUGCAGCAGCAGCAGAUGCAGGGGGGGGAGCGAGCGCAAGAGGAGGAAGAAUCCUCCCCUUGUGUAUCUAUAGAGUCACAAGAGGUAAAGGGGUCCCACAUGGGGUCCCAUGGAACCCUGAGACCUGGAGGAGAGCGGGGAAAUAGGUCAUUUACAUGGGCUGAAGAAACCCCAGACUGUGUUGGUGUUGGUGUCAAUGCAGAAAAUGGUGACUAUAGCAAGAAUUGUGACAAUGGGGAGCAGGAGAGCCUCGAGAGAAUUGGAGGGGCUUGGCAUGGUUUGCGACAAAGUAUUGCAGGAGCUGGGGAAAGGGGCCUUGCCCUACUAUCGGGGUUCCGAAAGCUAAGGGAUGAAGUCAAGCCAGAUGUCAGGGUUCGGAAAGUUAAGGCAUGUGGUGAAGCGUAGGUGUAAAACGAUACUGCAGAGUGUUGAGGGGGUGUGUGGGUAUGUAUCUUGCUUAGUUGAUGAUGGGACGAGGAGCAAUGACAGAUCAGAGCCGAGGCAGCAAAUUGAGGUUUCAUUUGAUGAUCCAAACUUGUGAGCUGGGUUGGGUUGGGUUAGGUUACCG